AUGGCGAAAACCCAUGGCUGGGCCGCCGACACGGGCCUGCCGGCUGGGCCGCCGCCCGCCGCCGCCGGCGCCGGGGCCGGGGCUCUGGUGGCAGACGUGGGCGCGGCUCCCGCGGCCGACGGCCUGGCCGCCCCGCCUGCCGUGCCGCUCGCCGCCGUGGGUGGAGGCGCCGCCAUCCCGGGGGCUGGAGCAGCCGUGGGGGCCGCGGUGGCGCCCGGAGGCGGCCCCGCCCCUGGCACGCAGUGGAUCGUGGCGGCCAACGACGGCCAGCCGGGGGCGCCCUCCAUCGGGUCCGACUGGAGCGUGGACGCCACUGCCAUCGUCAUGGGCAAGUUCGCGCUGGUCAAGCUCGGGGCGGCCACCCUCGUGCUGGAGAGCAUCGCGGUCGGCAACAAGAAGAAUGUGUUGGUCUCGAGGAAGGGCGAGCUCGAGCAGGCGGUGGUCCGAGCUUCUGGGGCAGGUCUGCCAGGAGCUGGCCUCGGACCUCAGGCGAUUGGAGACGGGGCGGCGGCUGCAGCGCCGCUCAAGUCUUCUGACGCCCGAGUGCUGCCCGUGCUGUACGAUCAGAUGGGCCAGAGGUUCAGGGCCUACACGAAUGCCGUCGGGCUGCUGGAGGAGCCGCGGUUCGACGACUUCCCGGUGGUCGGCCCGAGGGCGACGCUCUGGCUGUGCAAGUUCAUCAGAGACCAGGGGAGCGUGCCGCGCACCAGGACCGAGAAGUGGAUGCGAGACGCCCAUGUGCCGGACAACGACAGAGUCAAUCACGAGCAUGGCAGUCUCAUGGAGAUUCUUGAAACAGCGCUCACAUAUGAUCAACUGGACGUGUCUGCCCUCGCCUCCUUCGAGAUCCUGUCGAGGAGGGUUCAGCUGUUGGAGGAGGCGUACACGUCCAACCCGAAGGCGCCGCGGUUCGAUGGGAGCGAGCACUUCCAAGGCCUCGGCAGGAAGGUCGCGGCCGUGGCGCCGCAGCUCACCUCGCACGUGGCGUUGCAGCUCCAAGGCGAGGCUGCGAUCCAGAAGGAACGACGCAAGGGCUGCGACGAGUUUUUGACCAAGGCAUGGCAGACGGUCGGCAGCGUGACCUUCUACCCCUGCCUCGACAUCAUGAUGGGGGAGGAGAGACCCGCCCCGCAAGAAGCCCUCGCGGCGCUUCUGCGUACAGACACCCGCUAUGGUGACAGCGAGUGUGCCGGGAACAUUGCACCGUUUGGUUCGGCUUCAGUAUUUCUGCCGAGCCGCGACCUGCACGGGGUGGACAUCUACAGCGUUCUGCCCUCGGACGCGUCGCACAAGCUUAAGCGGUUUCGCGACACCAUCCUUCUCAGUGACGAGGAGUAUGCAUUGCGUAUCAAGAGCGAGGGACUGCCCAAUCUUUACUUUGACCCAGUGCUGGAGGCACAGCCUGCGAAGUGGGAGGGUUUUUGUCGGGAUCUGCGUGACAGGGGACUGGUGCGCUGGACUCGAACCUACAAGGAAAAGGUGGGCUUGUUCUUUGUUCACAAUAAGAGUGGUGAAUUACGACUUAUAUGCGAUGUACGAAGGACCAACAUACGAUUUGACAUCCCAGAUUCAAUACAGCCUGCUACUGGCGACUCGCUCAGCCGUCUUGAGUGCGCCUCUGACCAGACCAUCUUCUCGGCCAGCUUCGAUAUCAAGGACUACUUCCACGAGCUCAGGAUCGAUGAGGAAUUCUCUCAGUAUUUUGCACUACCAGCGGUCCGUGCCUCGGCUGUGGGGGUGGAGAGCAUCAAUGGUAUCAAGGUUGGUCCCAGCGAGCUCAUCUACCCGGGGGGACCUGUUCAGUUGGCAUGCGUCGACAACUUCGGGGUCUUCGGCUGCGACAAGGCCGAGGUUGAGGCCACGCGCCGUCAGGCUCUCGAAGGCAUUCGGCAAGCAGGCUUUCACGUGCAUGAGAUCGAGCAGGUCAGCACUUCUUUGGACAUCGUGGGAGUGCACCUCGAUGGGGACAAGAAGGUGGUCAGGCUAUCCUCCGCCAGGGCGUGGCGACUGUACGCUGGGCUACAUGCUCUUGUACGACGCGGGCGCUGCACUGGGAGGGAGAUGCGAGCCAUGCUUGGGCACCUCUGCUUCGCUUUCUUGCUUCGACGCCCUUGCCUGUCCUGCAUCGCGGCCUCCUUCGCCUUUGCCGAGGCUGCCGGAGGGGGGCCAGAGAACCUCUGGCCGAGCGUCAAGAGGGAGCUCCUCAUCGCCGCUGCCAUCCUGCCGCUGGUCCACGCCGACGACGGGCGCCUGGCUUGCAUCGGGAACUUUCCCGACGUUGCGCCCACCUCGGUCAGAGACUCGAAGUGGGCCGUGGUCGCCAAGCGUCCCUGCGGCUGCCACGAGGGGGCCAUUCACGUCAAGGAGGCGAGAGGCGCCAAGCUCGGCCUCAAGCACGUGGUUCGCUGCGGGCGCUGGCGGCACAGCAAGGUGCUCAUGCUGGUGGACAAUAUGUCACUCGCGCUGGCCAUGCAGAGAGGCCGCUGUCGCGAUCCAGCCCUCCUCGGCCAGCUUCGUCAGAUGGCCGCGCUGCAGCUCGCCACUGGGCUGCGGGUACAGUGCCGCUGGAUCCCACGCAGAGUGGCGACAGGCAUCGCGACACGCAACGUGGCGCAGCGGGUCGAGGCGGCGCCAGUGAUGCAUCUGGAUCGCCCCGACCUUCGAGUGCGCGAAGCUGUGCCACUGGAGGGCGGCCAGUCGCCACAGGGGCUGGCUGCCGCCCGGCGCUCGGCCAGCAGCGGAGGCCUCUCCUACCUCGAGAGCAUCGCUGCGAGGCCCGUCCAGGUCGAGGAUUGCCACAGGCGGAUCGAGGAGUUCUACGAGUACGCGUAUCUCGAGGGCAGGAAGAAGCACGAUGGCGAGAAGCUGAAGGCCGCUGUGCCCCUCUACUACCCGAACCUGAAGCGGCCCAACACCAAGCCGCUGGCCAGGUUCGAGAGGUGCUUGAAGGCUUGGGGACGCCGGAGGCCCGCGCUGGGUCGCCUGCCGCCCCCAUACCCAACGAUCUGUGGCCUGGCUGUGGCGCUCCACCUCCUGGGCCGCACGGACAUGGCGGUGGCCGUGCUGGUCGCGCUGAGCGCCUACUUGCGGCCAGGGGAGUUGUGUGGGCUCCGCGUUCGGGACGUCGUCCCACCCGCGCUUGGCUACUGGCCAGAGUACCAGAAGUGGUCGCUGAUCCCGGGGCCUUCGGACAGCAACGGAGACCCCACCAAGACGGGCGUCUACGACGACAACGUGACGAUGGACCACGAGAACCUGCAGUUCCUCGGCCACUUCUUCGAGCUGUACCGCCAGGGGAAGGGGGCGAGCGACCCGCUGUGGGGCUUCACGCAGGCGGAGCUCGGGGCCAUGAUCGCGAAGGCGCUGAAGGUGUGCCGGCUCGAGGGCCUGGGGAUCGCCCCCUACAGCCUUCGGCGCGCAGGCCCGUCGUGGGACGUCAUCACGGGCAGGUACGAGAAGUCCAGCAAGGUCAACUCCCUGCUCGUGGGCCUAGACGACAGCGUCCAGGAGUACCUCAGGCUCUGCACGGCGCACCUUGGCGACAUCUUCCUCGACAUCUUCGCUGGUUCCGAGGGAGUCGGCAAGGCGGUGGCGAGGUGUGGCAUCUCGUCGCUAGAGAUAGAGCUCGAGCUUGAGAUCGACAUUUUUGCGCCGGGAGUGAUGAAGGCACUUCUGAAGUUGAUCAGCUCGGGCCGCGUGCAGUGGAUAUUCGCG